AUGGAGAAAACUAUAGGACUAUUAGGGGGAGGACAACUGGGGCAGAUGCUCUGCGAAGCUGCGAAUCCGCUUGGUGUUAAGGUUGUUAUCCUCGAUGCACCGAACUCCCCAGCCAAACAAGUCAAUGCGAAGAACGACCAUUUCGAUGGCUCUUUCAUCGAUGCACAGAAAAUCCGAGAACUUGCAAAGAAAGUUGAUGUUUUGACAGUGGAGAUUGAACAUGUGGAUACAUACGUUUUGGAAGAGCUCGCCAAUGCUGGGGUUGAAGUGCAACCCAGCUGGAAGACAUUGCGAGUCAUCCAGGACAAAUAUCUGCAGAAGGAGCACCUCAUAAGAGCCGGAGUACAGAUCGCGACAUCACAAGCGGUAGAGGCUGGAAACCUUGAGGAAUUCGGGCGCACACACGGGUACCCUUUCAUGCUGAAGGCAAGGAAAGACGCCUAUGAUGGACGAGGUAAUUGUCCUGUGAAGUCAGAAUCCGAUAUCAAGAACGCCCUUGAAGUGUUGAAGGGUAGAUCGUUAUAUGCUGAGAAAUGGGCAAAUUUCAAAGUGGAGCUUGCGGUGAUGGUUGUGAAGACAGAAAAUGAAGUUUCCCAGGAUGGAGACUCUACGGUCGCAUACCCCGUCGUCGAGACAAUUCACGAAGAUAGCAUAUGCAAGUUAGUCUAUGCCCCAGCAAGAGGAAUUUCCAACGAACUCCAAAAGAAAGCACAAGCUUUGGCACGGAAGGCAGUGGGAAGUCUUUGGGGGAAAGGUGUGUUUGGAGUUGAAUUGUUUGUUAUGGAAAAUGGACAACUACUAGUCAAUGAGAUUGCUCCUCGACCUCAUAACUCGGGGCAUUACACAAUCGAAGCAUGCCCGACAAUGUCACAGUAUAAAUCUCAGCUCUUGUCGAUAUUAGGAAUCAUGCCAAGCUUCCCCAACUCGACCAUUCCUUCGAUGUUUCCCGCGACCAUCAUGCUCAACAUCCUCGGUGGCGCAUCAAAAGAUUCCCAUAAAGAAUUGAUGCAACAAGCCGCCGCAAUCCCCACAGCAAACCUCCAUAUGUACGGAAAAGAAUCCAAACCAGCCCGCAAAAUCGGUCAUAUCACUGUCAUUGGCAGCUCUAUGGCUCACGCAGAACAACUCAUCUCUCCUCUGAUUAUCCUAAACGACAACAUGCGCGCCGAGCGUAAAGGUCUCCCCAAGUCCACAUCUACCACAAUCUCGUCUCCAUCCUCUCCACAAAAGCUUGUCGCCAUAACAAUGGGCUCAGACUCAGACCUUCCCAUCCUGAAGCCUGGUCUGGCUAUACUUGAUUCUCUAGAAAUCCCCUAUUUCCUCACUAUAACAUCCGCACAUCGUACACCACAACUCAUGGCCGAGUUUGCGCGCAACGCCGCUUCCAAUGGCUUCAAAGUCAUCAUAGCUGCUGCGGGUGGAGCUGCUCACUUACCUGGUAUGAUAGCUGCGCAAACCCCACUCCCUGUUAUUGGUGUACCAGUGAAGGGUAGUACAUUAGAUGGAAUGGAUAGUCUCCUGAGCAUAGUACAAAUGCCGAGAGGAGUACCUGUCGCAACUGUUGCGAUUAAUAACAGUGUCAACGCAGCGCUACUGGCCGCUAGGAUAAUAGGGGUAAGUGAUAGUGUGGUGUUCAGGAAGAUGGAAGAGUACAUGAAGACAAUGGAGGAUGAAGUGGUAGGGAAGAAGGGAAGAUUGGAAGAGGUCGGAUGGCAGAAAUAUUAG